UGACCAACCAACCCACUGACCGACCGACCGACCAACCGACUGAUUGCUUGAUUGAUUGUCUGAUUUAUUAAUGAUGGAUUGUUGAUUGAUCGGAUGUGGCAAGUUUAAACCCCUCUCUCUUCCUGUAUUCCCCUCCCCUGUUCCACCUUCUGGUUCAGAGAUAAACAAAAAUUAUUCUUGACUAGUUUCUCAGUGAUUGUGAUAAAUUUCACCAAUCUUGUGACUUACCUUUAAGUUCUAAGACUUUCAUUUGGUGGUGAGACUGUUAAGGCAUACAUGUGUCUCCCUAUUUGAUGAAGUUCUUAAUUCUCAUCACCUGUUUGCUUGAUAAUGUAUCUGUAUUAUUGGCAAUUAAGGAGAAAUCAGGUAUUGGUCAUGAAUAACCUGGAGGCUCAAUUUUUUUCCUUUAGAAAAAUAUCCAGGUGACCCUCCUUCCAUCAGUUGUGUUACGGAAGACAAUCAACCUGUUCAUACAGAACUGGAAUCACUGCUGUACAACAGUGCACAACAAAGCUGUGGGGACGUCAUGAUUUACAAUCUUGUAGAAGAAGCUAAUGACUGGAUAAAGAAACAUGAAUUUGCUGAGCAAACAACAUCUUCUCAAGGAGAGGAGAAGUCAUGUGAAGAUGUCGCCACCAUAUGUAAAUUCUUCUUGGAAGGGAAAUGUAGAUUUGGAAACAAGUGCUUUAAUAAGCAUGAAGAACCAACAAGUGUUAACAGUGACACAAGAGAUGGCUCAUUGCACUCACAAAUAUCUGGUGAAGAGACUGAAAAAUUGUCAACUCAAGCUAAUGAAAAGCCAAACGGAGCUUCAAAUGCUGCUAAGAGCUUGGGAAACAGAAAUGCUGAAACAAAGGGGGCUGAAGGCUCUAAAAAGAAACCUCCAAUGAAAACGGCAAGCGACGUCAUAUCCAGAAUUCAAUGGGAUGAAGAGCUGUCACCAAAGGACUUUGUUGUUGGUUAUUUGGAUCGCUUUAUUGGAAUCAUGGAAAAAUCUUUCACAGACUUUUCAUGGGAGGACCUUGCUUCUGUCGACCAUUUUGUGGACCUUGCAAUCCCUAGACACAGAAUUCAGUACUUCAAGUAUCGAGGUGAAAUAGUGUGGGACAAAAGGGAACGCAUCGAUAGAGUCUUUGGUUCUACAGGUAGCAAGGAGACCAUUUUAGAUGUGAAAAAGAGAACUGGUAACAAACAGGACUCUGACGAAGGGCAGUCUACAACUGAGACUGAUGGUGCAAGUUGUGUUGCUUCUGAACUUCCCAAGCCUGUGAAGGAAAAGAAUGGCCCAAACUAUUUUAUUGCUGUGCAGAUUUCAGAUGAAGGCAUAAUUGACAGCAUCAUUAAGAUUCAAAAUACCAUCCAAGUUGAGCUUGGUCAAGAAGCAGAGUAUGAGCUGAUUCCAAAAGAACGUCUACACAUAACCCUGCUGAUGUUAACUUUACACACUGAAGAUCAUGUAGCCACUGCCAAGAGUAUUCUCAAGUCAGUCCAACCCUUGUUGGUGUCCAUUCUUCAACCCAGCCACAAACUGCAUUUUAAUGGCCUUGGGCAGUUCUACAACAGAAUCUUGUAUGCCAAAGUUGAAACUGAUGCAGCUCUGUCAAAACUUGUCCAGGCUCUAAAAUAUAAGUUCAACAAAGCUGGGAUAAGUUUAGAAGGAAACAGAGAUGUGUUUGUGCCUCACCUGACCAUCAUGAGAUGUGCGUCGAGGGAUUUGUUAAGUAUUGGACACGUGCAAGAAAGGUUGUCUGAUUUGAUGAAAGCUAACCAUGACGUUGGAGAACAAUGUGUAGAAUCCCUAAUUCUGGUCUCUAGGUUUCUCCCAAAAGACAUUGAUGGAACUCACCACAAGGUGUCGACAGUGGAAAACUCCUUGAAAGCGCUGUCUUCUACCCUGCCAAGAAAACUGUGCCAAUAUGUAGAUCAUUUGUUUGAAAGUGAGAAACUUUGCGAACAAGAAAGGAACGACAUUCAAGCACUGUUUCAGUCUGGAGAUGCUGCUGAGCUGGACAAAGGGCUAUCAAGAUUGGUGCAACUAAACAAUCCAUCUCAAGAUAGAACGGUUCUGAUAAUGAGAGGCAUUCCAGGAAGUGGAAAAACACAUCUUGUCGAGAACUCAGUGGAAGCCACAGGCCGGAGUGGAUACACAUACUGCAGUGCCAGGCAGCUGUUUCACAAGACGGGUAAUUUAGCCCCAGAUCCCUCUGAACUGAAUAUUGCCGAGGCAUACUGCCGCUCGUGUUUCCUGGACGCCAUGACAAACUUAUGCCCCUUUGUUGUUGUCGAUGGCAUUCACUCCAAGUGUUGGGAGUACGCUAUCUACAAGUUUCUCGCUCGAGCAUUUGGUUAUGCCUGCCACGUGCUAGAGAUUCGAGUGACACAGCCAGAAGACAUCAAGUUAUGUCAACAAAACGGCAGCUCUGGAACACAGCUGGAGCAGCUGCUUGAAGAUGUUCAGGAUUGGGAGGAAGAUCCUGAAGCCACUGUGAUAGAGCCCUGGUUCAGGAAACCAGACACAUUGAAAUACACUGAGUCAGUGUCCCUUGAACUACUUUUGGACGCUUCAUGAAUAGUUUCGAAUUGGAAACUUUAUAUCUCAUACGUGUUUUAAAAUUCGUUGUGCAUCACUCACACGUUUGACAAUUUACAAAUACGGCCACUUACACUCUUACAGUACAAUAGAGCUACUUACACUACUUACAAUGCUAGUACAGCUACUUACACCACUUACAAUGCUCGUACAGCUACUUACACCACUUACAAUGCUAGUACAGCUACUUACACCACUUACAACGCUAGUACAGCUACUUACACCACUUGAAAAAUAGUACAGUAACCUGCUUAAAUAAACUAUGUAUGCAUGUAUGUGUAUGUACACUACUUCCUAUUUUAAAACAGUUACCACUCCAUUUACAAUUCACAAUACCACUACUUACAAUACUGAUACAUUUACUUACACAUUUAUAUCCCACACUUGAUGUAAGAAAAACGAGUACAGUCGAACCUCUUCAUACAGACACCUCUCUAAUACAGACACCUCUCUAAUACGGACACCUCUCU